AUGAGGCUGAAGAUAAUGACCUUCUUCCAAGGUCCUCCGAGCCGAGGGCCCUUCGACAUCCCUGGGGACCCCCAGAAGUGGCCCUACCAGUCGGAGGCGGAGUCGGAGGCCUCCUCUGAGGACCUGGUGCUGCCCCCGGAUGCUGAAGUGGCCCUGGACGGGACCCACCUGGACAGAAAUGAGGAAGAGGCUGAGAGGAGAAGGAAGAAGAAGCCGAAGGGACUGGCCAACAUGAUCAGUGCCCUCACCAAAGGGAGGAAGAAGAAGGGGCUGCCCAGCUCCGUGGAGCCCCAGCGCCCGCCGGAGCCCCAGGCGGGGGUGGAGUCCAAGGCCGGGCAGGACCCGCUGCCCACCGCAAGAUGA